UGGUAUUAUUGCAGCCCAAAGGGUUAGGUUUGGGUGGGUUCGAGGAAGAGGAGAGGGGAGAGAGAGAGGAAGAGAGGAGGGAGAGGAGGUCGAGACGGCUUCUCCCGUCUCUUGAUUAUAUAAAUCCUCUCAGACUUUCACCUCCGUUUCAAUCUUGAGCGUUCUCUCUCCCUCUCUCGUUUGCCUUCUUUCCCUUUCUCAUCCACGAACAAGAAUCGGAAAACCGAGAAAAGGUCGAAGUUAGGGCGAGAAAUCUCACCAGGAGAGCCUCUCGAUCUCGCCUCUUCGCCUUCUUCGUUUCGGACGCCUAGUUUGCUCUUUGUUCGGUUUUAGCCUUCUAUUUCGCUCCGUGGAUCGAUUUCUUUGCUGUAGAGGCGGAGACGAUCCAUCUGGCUGGGCUGUGGCGGUAGAUAUCAGGGCGACAGGAACGCGCAGGUUACAGCUUGUUCUUGGUAUCAGAAGAAGGAACUUUGAUUCGUGGCAAUCUUCUCCUUAACUUCUGUUCGGAAGAAAUUCCGUGAAACGUCUAUCGCAAAACUCAGUCAUGGCUGAGGAAAGCUGGAACCGGGGUACCGAUGGCACCGGCUGCCAGGCUCCUGAGAGUCAUCGCCUGUGCGCCAACAACUGCGGUUUCUUCGGAAGCCCCGCCACCCUCAACCUGUGCUCUAAGUGCUACCGCGACCACUGCCUCAAGGAGGAGCAGGCCUCCUCCGCCAAGGCUGCGGUGGAGAAGUCCCUUGGCGCGGCUGCCUCCACCCAAACUGCUGUUGUCCCUGCUCCCAUCUCUAUCGGCCAGGACGACGACUGUCUCAAGAGUGCAUCGUCCUCCGCCGCCGCCCCUUCUGAUCCACCUGCCCAGCAGCCACCCAACCGCUGCUCCUCCUGCCGAAAGCGCGUAGGGUUAACUGGAUUUCGAUGCCGCUGCGGCCGGACAUUUUGCGCCUCGCAUCGGUAUCCGGAGGAACACAAGUGCGACUAUGACUACAAGCUGCAUGGCCAGGACAUGAUUCGCAAGGAGAACCCAGUGGUUAAGGCAGAGAAACUCGAGAAGAUCUGAUGUGGGUACUGAAAGUAGUCGGCAUCUUCUUCCAAAGAUUGAAAAAAAAGGCGAGAACGCCAUCGACCAGAAAAAAGGGGGGAAAUUCUAUAGAGCCCGGAUAAUGAUGGCAAAGAAAAACUCAACCAUCCUUUCCAUUUCCUCUCUUUUCUGUCUCUGUUCCUGAAUGAAACUCCUUUCUGUGCUUGACGGCCCGUGUUUGGGUUCAGUCUGUGACAUAUUUUAGUGGUGGUGGUGGUUUGUGUUGAUAAGCGUUUCGCGUGGGGUGUGUUACCCUUCCCGGGACUCUCAGUCCGUUUCAUUUACUCGUUAUAUUUUAUUGUGGAUCUUUAGAUGCA